AUGACUCAAAUAGCUUCGUUUGCUAACCUGUCUAAGUUAGUUUUUAACGAUUCAAAGGUGGCUAAAAGUCUAAAGUUGAAUCGAACUAAGGCUACUGCCAUUGUCGUUAACGUAAUUGGAGCGACUCAACACGACUUUCUAGUUGACCUUAUGAAGAGCCAUCGUUUCUCACUAAUCAUCGAUGAGUCAACUGACAUUUCAACAAUCAAAUCGCUGGUAAUGGUUGUUCGUACAUAUUUGUACAAAAAUGAAGAACUAAUAGUUCAUGAUUUCAAUUACCACGUAAUCGAAUUGGUAGAAGCUGAUGCAACAACGAUAUACAAUGCAAUCGUAUUAAAGUUUCAAGAAGACAAUAUACCGUAUAAAAACAACAUGAUUGGUUUCGGUUCCGACGGCGCAAAUGUGAUGCUUGGAGGCGUACAUUCCGUUUCGGCGCUUUUUAGUAAAGAAAUACAAAAUCUGUUCGUGAUGAAAUGCAUUUGCCACUCAAUGGCUCUCUGUGCUUCGUACGCCUGUAAAACACUUCCAUAUGAAGUGGAAUGGCUAUGCAGGGAAAUUUUCAAUCACUUCAGCAACAGCCCUCAAAGGACAUUGAAAUUCGCUGAACUGCAAUCGUUAAUGGAUUUAAAACCCCUUAAAAUGCUUCAUCCAGCUGCGACAAGGUGGCUUUCACUUGAGGAGGUCGUAAAGAGAGUUAAUGAACGGUUGGAAGCUUUAAAGCUCUAUUUCAAUUAUCAUGAUCUUAAGCUAGAUGCUAAACAACUCGAAAAAGUUGUGAAGAUAAAUGCAGCAUUAAAUAAUCCAAUAACAACACUAACCUUAGCGUUCUUAGAAUAUAUGCUGCCAAAAUUGAAUAGAUUAAAUCUGCUUUUCCAAUCGGAAGAUUCGAAAAUAUAUGUGCUACAUGAUGAAGAAUUGACACUAUUAGCGGAUAUUACAAAAAACUUUAUAAAGCCAGAAAAGUUCCAAUCCGGAAACGGAUUUAGCAUUCCAUUGGUACCAACAUCCUACUGCAGCCUGAACCAGCUUUAUUUGGGAAUCAAAGUGGAAGAAGUGAUGGACCAACUUCGAUCCAAGAAUAAACUUACCAAGGAAACGGAGGAAAAAUUCAGGAUGGUUGUAUUAAAUUACUAUGUUGCCGUGACUCAACAGAUACGCAGCAGAAUAAACUUGGACAACGCCGUUUUAAAAAAUCUAUCGAUUAUUAAUCCGCAGCAUAUCAAAAGCAACGACUACAUUUCGAUCUAUCCUUUACUUAAAAAUUUCCCCAACAUUGCUUCAGAAAACCUCCAAGAAAUCGAUAACGAGUAUCGAGAACUUACGAGCAUGGUCCAACUUCCUCAAGACUGUGGAUUAAGUUUUUGGAACAAAAUUUUGAAAACUAAAAGAGGGAAUGAUCAGUAUGCUUUCCCCUUUUUGAGAAAGGUCAUUCCAGAACUGAUGUGUUUACCACAUUCAUCUGCUGCAGCAGAACGUGUUUUCUCUUCUUAUAAUUUGAACAAAACUAAAACUAGAAAUCGACUCUGCACAUCUACAAUGAUUGGAAUACUAUCGAGCAAAGAUUUUAUUAAAUUGAACAAAACGGAUGAUGGAUACGAUUUCGAGAAAGCAAAGCAUAAAUUCACCAACGAUAUGUAUAAAAUCGCUCAUUGA